AUGGAUAGCAUUGCAAUUGUAAUCCAACACAGUGGGCAAUGGGAUGAAAACAGAAGAAACUACAUCAACUUUGAAGUUUGUGGUUUACUCAUUCCAAAUAGUUGCACCUACAACAACUUGGUUGGAAUAAUAUGUGAACAGUUGAAGUUGCAACCAGAAUCAAUAGUUUUAAAAAUCAAGUAUCAAGUUAGAGAAGGAUACCCUACUUUCAAAAUUGUUGAUGAUUCGCAAUUGAUGUUCUACAUGGACUUGAAGAAAAAGGAAACAGAUUUAACAAAAUAUCCAUUGAGUACAACAACACAUAAUCAACUGUAUGAUGAAGUUGCACAAGCAGAAGGAGAGGCAUCAAAUUCAGAUGAUGAACUAGUUCUUGAUUGUGGUGCCAAAGAAGUUGUAGGCUUUAUUGAUUAUGCAAACUCGGUCUCCAACCAAAUUAUAGAAAUGCUAGACAAAAGAAAUGAUGAAGAAGAAGUGAUUCGCAUUGAUGAAGAUUUGGUAAUCAACAACAAGCACCACCAAGAGAUUUCUUUGUCUCAAAUCUACAAAGACAAAGAUACUUUGAAGACAGUAUUGAGCCACUAUGCAAUCAACAAUCAUUUCCAAUAUUGUGUGCAAAAGUCUUGCAAAAAGGAGUAUGUUGUUGCUUGCCUUGACAAAAAUUGCAAGUGGAUGUUACGAGCUUCAAGGAAUGGAAACACAAAUCAAUUCAUAAUUAGAAGGUUCAGCCACAUUCACACAUGUGCAUUGGAAAUAAGAUUAAAAAACCAACGUCAGGCAACCUCGACAAUCAUUGCAGAUAUGAUCAAGCACAAGUUCACAGACAUCAAAACAAAGUACACAGCUGCAGAUAUUGUUAGGGACUUGAAACAUGAUCAUGAAGUGCAAGUCAAAAACAGCAAAGCUUGGAGGUCUAGAGAAAAAGCUAUUGAAAAAGUGAGAGGAAAAGCAGCUGAAUCUUAUGCAGAAUUGCCUAGUUAUUUGUAUAUGUUGCAUCACACAAAUAUAGGAUCAUAUAUUGAACUAAAAGCAGAUGAAGAUGGCAAGUUUUUAUAUGCUUUUGUAGCAUUGAAUGCUUCAAUUAAAGGCUGGAACUAUUGCGUACCUGUUGUAAUAGUUGAUGGGACUUUUUUAAAAUCUGCAUAUGGAGGGACAUUACUGGUUGCAGCCACUCAAGAUGCAGAAGGUAGAAUCUUCCCCCUAGCAUUUUGUGUAGUUGAUAAAGAGAAUGAUGAUUCUUGGGAGUGGUUCUUUGAGAAUUUCAAGAAAGCUUAUGGUGUGAGAGAAUGCAUGAGCAUUGUAUCUGAUCGACAUGAAAGCAUCAUAAAAGCAACCAACACAGUGUACCCAGAAGUACCACAUGGGGCUUGCACCUUCCAUCUGCUAAAAAACAUGAAAAGCAAGUUCAAGGAUACAGUUUUCGCAGCUGCAAAUGCAUACACUGUCAAAAAGUUUGAGUACCACAUGAGAGAACUUGAUAGGAUUGACAACAGGCUACAACCUUACCUUCAAAAUAUUGGCUACAACAGAUGGGCAAGAGUUCACUCACCACACAAUAGAUACUCAAACAUGACAUCGAACAUUGCAGAAUCCUUGAAUUCUGCAAUCGUAGCAGUAAGAGAGCUACCAAUUUGUACAAUGCUAGAGUGUUUACGAGGUUUGGUUCAACAAUGGAGUUGGACUAACAGGAAGAUAGCAAAUGCAACCUCCACCAAGUUGAUUGAGAAGCAUGAAGGGAUCUUGAAUGACAACUACAUCUACUCAUUGAAGUUUCAGAUGGAUCAACUUCCUUGUGCCCAUGCAAUUGCUAUUCUUAAAGAAAUGAAUCAAGACCCAUAUCAAUACUGUUCUCCAUAUUAUAGCAAGGAAGCCAUGGUUGCAACCUAUCAAGAAAUUGUAUACCCAAUUCGCAAUGAAGACACUUGGGAAAUACCUGAACAUAUCAAAGCUGUGAAAGUACACCCUCCAGAAGGAAGAAUAAGGGUUGCAUUUUGUUAUAUUGGGUAUGUGUUUGAUGUUGAAGGGAGUUACAAUGACUUUGUAAUUGAGGUUGCAAUAGGUUGCAGUGGGUUUGCAUUUAAGAUAGCGAAAUUGGCUGCAUUAGGUUCAAAUAGGCUUGCAUUUGAGGUUGCAUUUAAGAUGCAAAAUUGGAGCAAUGUUGCAUUAAGAAUUGCAUUUAGUUGCAUUCGGUUGCAUAGAGGAGUUCAUAUUAGGAGUUACAGUGAGUUGCAGAGGGUUGCACUUGGACUAGCCAUGUGUUGCUUUCAGUUGCAUAUGGUUGCAUUUGAGUUGCAUUGGGUUGCAAUGGGUUGCAAUGAGUUGCAGUGA